GGGUCUGCAAAGUGAAGCCGAAGAGUCUCCCCUUCUAUAUUUUAACUUUUUUGGAGUGUCUCUGAGCUCGUGAGUUUUGUGUGUGCUUUUAUGUCUCCUCAGCUCUGUCGGAUUUUAUGAAAAUGAGCAGUAUUGAAAGCUUUUCCAUCCCGCUAGCUGUGAGCCUCACAUAAAUGAUGUAAAUGGCUCGAAGGGUUUUUUUCAAGUGAACUGUGUAGAUCUGUGAAAAUAAUAUCAGGGUUUUCCGUCAGAAUGAGCUUAGCACUGUACUGAGGCAUACCAUAAUCUGACCCGACACCUCCGACCAUCUGCGCUAUCUAUCUGCCUUCUGAUUUACCAAAUCUUCACAAGCAAAAGACAAAUUGUACUUGAUACUAAAGAAAAGACGCCGAGCCCCAGUCCAGCUCCAUUUCUGCGGAGAAAUGAUUGGAGAAAAUGUAAAUCUGUUUAAUUUCGGUCUGUGGGCAACUAGCAAAGGAGCUUUCUUGAAGAAGGGAAAAAAAGAAAACAAAAAUAAAAUUAGAAAAAAUAAGGAAAAAAAAAAAAGAAGAAAGACAAUAACAAGAUAUCAAAUUAAGAAGGGAUUUCUUUGACAAGCGUUCUAGAAAAAAAUGCAUUGCAAAGAGCAGAAGGGAGAACGUAUUGAGCUUAAUUCAAAAUAUAUGCUGCCAUAUAUGCUGCCUUUCGGAGUACGGUCCCUAAUGUUGCCGGGAAUAAACUGCCACCGAGCAGCUAGAUUUAGAAUAAAAAGUGAUUGCCUUCUUGAUUUCCCCCCUUCUCGCCAGAAAACAGCUCAUACCCUCACCGCUCAGAAAGCGAUUUCAUCCCCGCCGCGACGGCCGCGGCUUGCCCCUCUCCUCCGAAGGGGCGGAUAGGGAAAAAUCCGCUGGGAAUGAUUACUACAAGAUGAUCAAUAUUUCAAAAGAUUCAUGAAAUCUGCUUUACGUUGCUGUCCUGACCUACAAAUGACUUCUCACUCCCCGCGACUAUUCUCGACGUCUAUUCAGGACCAUUCAGCCGAAAACAAUAAGGUUUUAAAUGUUAAGAUAUAUGUAUAGUUAUAUAAAGCUUUAGUUGAACGGAGAAGGGCACUGGGCUCUUUGCAGAUAAUUUCUCGUCUUAACAGAGACGGACAGUCACCAACAAGGGGAAGGGGGAGAGUUUUUCCUAAAUCUUGGCUCUUGCUGCUGUCCUACCGCUGCACUGAUUGUAACCGACAGCCUCAGCACCGACACUGUCACUGUUGUGCAGGCGGGUUUUUAUCUGGUUUCUCAUCUCUGCCUUAUGCCCCUCUCCAACCCGCGGUGCUCAGAGCUGUGUGCGUACAGCCCCGGGCCAAAGCCCACAGCUUUUUUUUGGAGGAUGCAGGGGGUACCGGCCACUCCAUCGCGGGGACCGCUCCCUCCAACUUCCGGGCAGCAAACCGCAGCCGGUAUCCCCCUUUCCCUGCUCUGCCCCUGCUCUGGCGGUGGCCCCGGGGGAGCGGAACGGGACAGGACGGGCGCCCCGGGAAGCGGGCGGGGAGAUGCCGGUGACGGCGGCGCGGGGACUUCCGCCGUGAUUGGCAGCGGCUGACAGUGAGUGGCAGCCCCGCCAUGGAAACCCGGGAGCCAAUCUGCCGAGCCCGGCAGCAAAUCAGGCGCUCCCGCAGCAGCGCGGCGGCGGCGCGGAGCCGGCUUGUGCUUUUUCUGGUUCCCUUUUUUUAUUAUUAUUCUUUCCUUUUUUUUUUUUCUCUCUUCCUUUUUCUCCCUUCCCUCCCUCCCCGCCCGCCCGCCCUCCCCCCGCUCCAUCCUCCUCCGCCUCGCCCCUGCCCACCUCCCCCAGUCGCCGGAGCCGCCGAGCGCUCCCCAUCGUCUCUCCGUCCUCUUCCGUCCUUCCCGCCGCAACUCCGCCAGCGCCGGAGGAGGCAGAAGCGGAGCGAGGGGCGGGCGCCGGGGCCGCUGCCCGCUUCCCGGUGCGGGCAUCGCCGGGGGAGCGCGGAGCGCGGAGCGGAGCCCGGCGCCGCCUCCAUGUUCCAGCUGCCCAUCCUCAAUUUCAGCCCGCAGCAAGUGGCUGGGGUCUGCGAGACCCUGGAGGAGAGCGGGGACAUCGAGCGCCUGGGGCGCUUCCUCUGGUCCCUGCCCGUGGCCCCUGCGGCUUGCGAGGCCCUCAACAAGAACGAGUCGGUGCUGAGAGCCCGGGCCAUAGUGGCCUUUCACACGGGGAACUACCGGGAGCUCUACCACAUCCUGGAGAACCACAAGUUCACCAAGGAGUCUCACGCCAAACUGCAAGCGCUCUGGCUGGAAGCGCAUUACCAGGAGGCGGAGAAGCUGCGGGGCCGACCCCUGGGGCCGGUGGACAAGUACCGGGUGAGAAAGAAGUUCCCUCUGCCCCGCACCAUCUGGGACGGCGAGCAGAAGACACAUUGCUUCAAGGAGCGGACGAGGCAUUUGCUGCGGGAGUGGUACCUGCAGGACCCUUAUCCCAACCCCAGCAAAAAGCGGGAACUGGCUCAGGCUACGGGACUUACCCCCACGCAAGUGGGCAACUGGUUCAAAAACCGCAGGCAAAGGGACAGGGCGGCAGCCGCUAAGAACAGGCUGCAGCAGCAGGUCCUAACGCAGGGCUCGGUGCGCUCGCUGCAAGCGGAGGAGGAGAGCGGCGGGGAAGCAGGGGGGGCAGCCUCCAGCCCUGCAGCCAGCCUCUCCAGCAAAGCGGCCACCUCCGCCAUCUCCAUCACAUCCAGCGACAGUGAAUGUGACAUCUGACCCACCGCCACGGCAAACCGCGGGCUGCGGGGAUGGGGGAGCAGCUAAGCGGUGCCUUCCGA